AUGUCGACUUCAAAGAUCGUCGUGUUGAGAAGUUCCGGCGGUGGAUCUAUCAGUAAGAUUGCUGGAUUCCACGAUGGAACUACACAAACGCUGGGUUCUCAUUAUCCUCAAGAAGCCUGGAAUUUUCCUGGGAAUCUCCCUUACACUUCACAACACCAGCUUAAUAUGAAAGGCAGUAGAAGGAAUUUCCAAAUGGCGUUUCCCGAGCAGCAGUUGAAUAAUAUUGAAAACAAGGUGAUGAGGAGCUCAGGACAGUUGCCUCAGUUUCCUAGUGAUCAGGCUGGACCAAUCCCUUUGAAUAUGAAAAACCACCCACUGCAACUUAUUCCUUUACAACCUCACUUACGUGUAUCUCAGCAAAAUUUGGGUCCGGCGGCCGGAGUUUCAAUGCCAUCAUCUUUAAUGGUUCCUCCUGUGAAUCAUGGACACACAACGCAAGGGCAUGGUUCUGCUGUAAAUGCUUUCUUAUUGAAUCCAAUUCCUGCCGUUCAUCCGUCGUCCAUGCCAAUCCUUGAUAUCCCAAAAAGCUCCAUGCAUUUGCAAGGACCCUUCCCACCUCUUCCUCCAGGUCCCCCUCCUGCCUCAUCACAAAUGAUACUACCCAUCCUACAAAAACCAGGUCUAAUUGUUCCUAACCCUCCUGCUGGGAAUGCAUUUUCAGGUUUCUUUAAUUCUCUCAUGGCUCGAGGUUUGAUUUCAUUGACAAAGCAAGCUCCUGUGCGGGAUUCUGUGGGACUUGUAUUCAAUCUUCAACUUCUCAAGGUGCGCCAUGAGUCUGCAGUAACCGCUUUAUAUGCUGAUCUCCCAAGGCAAUGCAAAACGUGUGGGCUUCGGUUCAGAAGCCAAGAGGAGCACAGCAGUCAUAUGGAUUGGCAUGUGACGAAGAACCGGAGGAUGUCCAAGAACCGUAAGCAGAAGCCUUCUCGUAAGUGGUUUCCAAGCAUUGACCUGUGGCUUAGUGGUGCGGAGGCAUUAGGGAGUGAUGCUAUUCCUGUGUUUUUACGUCCCACUGAGAAUGUUGAGGAAAAAAAGGAUGAUGAAGAAUUGGCUGUUCCUGCUGAUGAGGAACAGAACGUUUGUGCGCUAUGCAGAGAGCGUUUUGAUGAUUUUUAUAGUGAUGAGACUGAGGAAUGGAUGUAUAAGGGGGCUGUCUACAUGAAUGCCGCCGAUGGGUCAACGGCAGGCAUGGAUAGGUCUGAGUUAGGUCCAAUAGUGCACGCCAAAUGCAGGUCCGAGUCUAGUGCGGUUCCCCCUGAACGCGAUGAAGGGGGAUAUACUGAAGAGGGUAGUCAACGGAAACGCAUGCGAAGUUACCCUAAUUAGAUCA